AUGGACGACCUCUUCAAUUGGAUACUGUCUGAUGAGUCAGAGAUACCCAAAGAUUUCCGCAAGGACACUGUGGAGGCCAUCAAGAAGCAAGGUCUCACAAUCAAAUCCCUGCAAGGACUCAGUGACAGCGAUUGGAAAGAACUGAUCCCACCCAUGGGCCCUCGGGCAAUUGUUCGUGCGCAUCUUCCCCCAGCUCCCGGUGCUGCAGGAGGAGGUGGUGGCCAAGCGCUUACUCUACUUAGCCUCAUUGAAAGGAUUUACCAAUCUCAACCCACUUGGAAGAACGUUAUGGAGGUGCCUGAGGUACCCAAGGUAUCCCUCGAGUUUCCCUUUGUUGGACGUGAGUCAGAGCUCUCUCAAUUGAUCAACUCGGCGAAACAGAAUAUCAAGGCAUUCCAAAAACAGGAGAGAGCACCUCAGUCCUACAGAUGCCCAGUUGUGCAUGGGGGUUUUGGAAUUGGCAAGUCAAGAGUUGGAUACGAGUUUGCACAGACUCUGCCAUCAAUCAUUCCCGCUGCUGGUGUCCCAGGUGCCAUUGCCAAUAUCUUUCUCGAGCUCUUCGCAGCCGACGUCAUCAAACAGUACGAGCUUUUGCACCACAAUGUUGCAUCAGUGUUGUUGGGCAUUCGAAUCGCAAUACACUUCUUCUUUGGCAUUGGACUGUCAAAGUUCAGGGACACUGUCAACUUGUCCAGUCAAGAGAUCGAACUCUUUACUUUGACCAAUGUUAUGGGGCUCAUUCGAGAGCUCUUCAACAGAACUACCCAAGGCAACGACAAAAUCCCCAUAUACAUUUCGAUACAGUUUGACGAGUUCAGUAGUACUGAUCAAGCAUGUUUACAUGACAUGAUCAAACAGCUCUCUGACUAUAUGUCAACGGAACACUCUCUCGGCAUCUGUAUCAUUCCGAUGCUCACUGGCACCAACACGACCCUCGGAGAGGAGUCGGUACUCUUAUCGCAGCUCGGCUAUACUUCCAUCCUUCUUAGUCCACUCACAGCUACUCAAAUGCUCGAGAUCAUCAAUGGAACACAGGAGGCAUCUCAAAGCGACAGUUUACUCUGCCAACUGCUCCAGCAGUGUGGAAAACUUGUCAACAUAUCAGUUCACGACCUUGGUGGAGUGCCUCGUUUCUUGCAGAUCUUUGUUGAUGUUGUUUCUGGCUGGGAGCUGCCUUUCGAAGCAGACCACCAUAAGAUGUUCUCGUUGUUCUUCAAGCAUGUAUUGGAUCGCAUCAAGAACAAGUUGAAUGGAAUCACAAUCAACAAGGCGAGAACUACUGGGAUCUUGAUUCUUGGUGGACCAGACGACCUAUUCAAAUAUCAGAUCAUCACUCCUAUGGUCCUCAUUCGUGUGAUUAAUCAACACGUCAUGGCAAUCGACGACGAACACUUGGACUUCACCAAACUAGUUGACGACCGUGCAUUCCAAAGAGUUUGCGACUCUAUUCGCGCUCUGCGACAAAACUUGUUGGUCGGCUUGGGAAAGCAAAGUGCCACCAUCCGAGAGCUAUAUCCACAUGCAAUAGCUUUCAAAGACACUUUGGACAUGGUGGUACCAAUUUCCCGCCUCUCAAUAGUGCAAGCAAAAGGGAGUUCAUCAUCUCAUGACUCUGUCCACCUAAUGGACCCACUGUGCAUUUCCAUCAUUGGGUCAGACACCACCAUCGAUAUCACCAAGAGCUCAUACAUUGUCUCCAAUGUUCCAAUGGCACCCUCGUUUGACAGCAUUUUGUCCUCCCCCUCUCCCACGCCCAAUGAACCUCCCCAUUUGGAGCUAAUCCAGUACAAGUCCAGUCUGGCUGUCAGUAUUGGAGAGGCACCAUCAACACUCCUGGAUAUUGGUACUCUUAACGGUGUAGAGUACCGCAAGGUCACAGACACUGCUCACAAAGUAUUCUACAAGAAGACCAAAAGCACCUUGCAAAUCUUUGUUGCAGUCUCCAACAAACAUCUUGUCAACUACAAUGAGAUUUUGUAUGCUGUGGACAAUGGCUUUGAGGAGUUCACUAUUGAGACGACCCAAAGCACACCUACUGGAGGCCAAUAUUCAAGCCAAGUCCAUCGCAAGUUCCUCAAGAACAUGGUUCUGGUUGCGGACAACAACUUCCGAGAUUAUGCCUCCUACUUUGCUCACACUGGUCUCAUUGGCGAAAUCCAGCAUCAAUAA